CUCGACUUGUUUGCGACGAUGGCGCAGAGCUUGAGCAAGAAGCACAUUCUGGACGAAGACGAGUAUGUGGAUGCCCUGGACAAGAUCAUUGAGCGCGACUUCUUCCCAGACUUAGAGAGACUCAAACACCAGGCGAUGUGGUUGGACGCCGUCGCCAGCAACAACCCACGUUUGAUCCAAGAAGCUCGAGAAUACUUGAUCAACCAACGGUCAUCCCAGGAAGCCUCUCGGAGUAGUUCCCAUCCCGAAUGUUCGCCGUCGCCUUUAUUUGCUCGAUUGAUGUCGUCAUCUCGCGGUAGCAUUACGAAAGAGUCGAACACCGAUCGUGGAAACGUGCGAGUCAUCAUGGGAUCAACCAACUCCACCUCGCGCAUCGCAAGGCGUUCAAGUCGAUAAUGGAGCUGACGAAACGCCCUCUAUUACCCCAUCGACCGCAGGUGCUAGCCACCCCACGUCCUCCAUGACCCUCAACGAGUUUAUUGCAAAACACACAUCGGAAGACAAUGCAGCGUUCGAGGAGUUGCAAGAGAAAGCCAUCAACGACCACAAACGAAAGUACCAUUGGGCGUACGAUGACCCUGCCAACCGAGGAGACGCCAAGCUCCAUCUCCUCAACGACGGCACAUGGAUCAGUCGCGAGCGGCGCCAGCUCAUGGACAAAGCAUGUGACACCAAGCUCACACUGGAAGACAGUCGACCAGCGGUCCCCGACACAUGGAGAUAUCGCGUGCGGAAUCCGUUGCAUUUCCCACCAGACCUCGACACAAGCCGCAGCAUUUGCAAGGUCCCUCCCGUCAGUGACCUUGCAGGAUCGUCUGUGCUCCAACUCGAAAACGGCGACACCACAUCGACCACCAUGCCAUUGCUGAAGGGCGGCAGCGACGAAGGCAGUGUUAUCGUGGUAGCCAAGCGAACCAAACGGACUGGAGCUGCUCCCAAACAACCGAUGGAAACUGUGUACGCGAAUUCGCGCUUUCGAAGCGCAUUCUUAUCAGCACAGGACGCUGCAUCCGACGUGAACCCACUGAACGAAGAGGUCAAAGAUUUCGUGCCGAUGACGCCGCUGCUCGUGCCCGGAGGCCCGGACGCAGCAUCUCCCAUGAUUACUUGGGGAAGUAUUGACGCAACUCCGAUGAUCCUGCGCGACGACGUUGCGGCCACAGAUACCAAGCCUGGGCGGCCGACGUUUGUCAUUAAAGAGUCGUCGGCCAGGGAGAAGCUGGCGCAUGCCAUGGACGCCAAAAACAAACAGAGAUCCAAAGCAAGACAGACGCCUUCUCGACACAAAACACCGACGCCCCUUUUUUCGAACAAGUACACUCCAACGCCACUCAAAAGCGGCCUGCGCACGCCGUCAUUGAUGUUUGGCAACGACAUGCAGCUGCGAGCGAGUUACUCGACCCCAGCGCGGCUCCCGCCCCGGCCACCGUCGUCGUCCAAACGACCGUGAUGCCGCUCUCCUGCAUGUGCUGUCUAUAACGUAAUGUCUCGAUCACUUCCCAUGUCGGUGCUCCAACCGCACCGCGACCGGCG